AAUCCAGUUGGACCUGUGGUUGCCCAGCACCCCAGUGAUGAACAAUCUCAACAAGAGGAACCACCAACUGAAAGUCAGGACAGUCUACCUGGUCAAGAGAGAGAAGAUGAAGGAGCAUCUGUUGUUCAAGGGCCUGAUCUGGAAGUUGAUUGACAGGAACUGACUCAGCCAAAGACUGGAGGUGAGCAUAGAGAUGGUCCAGAGGUCAAGAAGAAGCUUUUACCUAACCUCGAGCUCAUUAAUAUACCAGAAGCAGGUGAAAGACAGCUAUAG